AGGUCGAAGAUGCCAUUCCAUUAAGAAGAAAGCAAAUCAUAGUGGCAAGCUUAUCUCUCAAAGCAUAUCCCCUUAGCCACCACCAUCCACCUUCUUCCUCCUCUCUCUCGCUUUUCAUCAUCUCCCUCCCAUCCCAUGCACUCCCUCCCCCCUACUCCAUGGACCAUCGCUUCCCCUGCCACCCACUCUCCAGCUCCCCUGCUCCGCCCCCCAUCACCAUCGCAUCGCCGCCGGCCCCUCUCAUCACCCAACACAUGGUGAUCGUGCUUGCCGCCAUGACUUGCGCCUUGCUCUGCGUGCUCGGUCUCAACACAACCCUCCACUGCGUAGUCCGUUGCACCCGUCGGGCCAUCUCCGACCCAGCGGGCUGGGUCGCCGCCAGACGGCUCAAUGCGGGCCUGAGGCAGUCGGACGUCCUCUCGCUUCCCAUAACAGUCUUUGCCGCUGUGACGACGCCCGGCGCCGGUGAAGGUUCAUCGAUAUCGCCGGCAGCGGUUGUGCGGUGCCCGAUAUGUCUGUCUGAUUUGACGGACGGGGACAAGAUGAGAGUUUUGCCGGCAUGCGGCCACGGGUUUCAUGUGGGGUGUAUUGACAAGUGGCUGCUUUCGCACAGGUCGUGCCCGACGUGUCGUCGCCGGCUGUCGUCACCGCAGAAGUCAACACCUCCGGCGAUCGUUUGACUGUUAAUUUGAAUUUUGUUUAUUUUAAGAAAUGGUAGCUAAUCGGUGCCGAUUGGCUUUGUAAUCUUCGUGCGAUCAAUAAUUAUUUUUUGUGAUGCAAUUAAAUAUUAAAUAAUGCAAAUUCAAUUUUUUACUAUUUUUUAAAA